UAUUUCUUUUGAAAACAACAUGGUGGAAUGUUGACUAUUCGCGAAAAGCUUUUUAUCUUUCUUGAAAAAUCAAAUUUUUAAAAUAAUUCGCCUACCAAAUCGUACUGUGAAAUCGUUUAUUCCUAUCAACGGAAUAUGAAAAUCAAUUGUGUCCGCAAAUUGCGCACGGAAUAGUGGUGCCUGAGACAUUUUCCGAUAAAUUAUUAGAAACAAAUUAAAUCAACGCAUUUGAUAAUUUCCCUUCGGUGCGGUUCCAGUUCCAUGUACAUCAGUUUAUCGGUAUAAAAAAAGUGCUAAUGCCAUUGACUGUGUCGAUUGAUUAAAGAAAUUUGUGAAUAAUUCAGGCUCUGUUUGCCUGCAAACAACAAUGUCAGAUAUUACCAACCGGAGAGUGCCCAAUAGUGAUAAUGGUCCAAAUCUUUAAAUGUCAAAACUACAGCUUCAGUUGAAUAAAAUAGUAAAUAAAUAGAAACUCAAAAUGGGUACGGAAGACUUUAAUUCGGUCGAAUUUGAACAACGUCUGACGGGAUUGAAAGAUACCCAGGACAGUAUACAAAGCAUGUCAGCUUGGUGUUUGAAAAACAGGACAAAUCACAAAAAGAUUGUGAGCAGUUGGUUGAAUGUUCUCAAACAGGUGAAAGUCGAACAUCGUCUGACGCUUUUCCACUUGGCGAACGAUGUAAUACAACAUAGCAAACGGAAAAACUACGAAUUCGUCGAUAGUUGGGGAACAACAUUGCAAAAAGCGACGACAAUGGUGCGCGACGAGAAGGUCAAGAAUAAAAUCAUUCGCAUCUUUAACAUUUGGGAACAGCGUGGCGUUUACAAUGAAGAAUUUCUCGCUGAUCUGAAUAAUCUGAUCAGCGUCAAUCCUAUCAACCAACGACAGCAACAAGCAGAAUCGGACGAUGAACAGCAGGCUAGCAUCAUAUCCGAGCAUAUACGAAUUUGUGUACGCAAUGAAAAGGAAACCGACAAGAGUUUCAAAGUGUUGUCGAAGGCUCCGUUAACCGAUACAGAAAACAUUCAUUCGUUGAAAGAUAGAAAACAUGUGGAAGAUGUGAAGCGUGACAUAGACGAUCACAUGUACAAACUGGAGCACUACAUUCGGACGUUGAACACUGAGAUAAAAGCCCGAACCAUUUUGAUUGCCGUUUUGGAGCAGACUGACGCAUUUUAUCACAAUCAGCGGGGGGAAGUGAAAGUUGUGGCUAAUGCAUACAGAAACUUCGGUAAUCGAAUCAAGACAAUGAAACGAAAACUGGACGAACUCUGUACGAAAUUGCCGAGCCCGAUACCAUCGCCUGACAUUAAUGCGCCUUCACCCGAACCAGACAACGAUUUUGAUUUGCUUGGAUUGAGUCAGAAUUUCCUUAACAAGAACAACAAUGGCUUUAUGGGAUUUGCCGACAGUGGCAACCUACCGUUCAAUAUAAACGAUUUCAAAACGGAAAGUCCAAGGACCGAGGCCCAGCCCAUCCAAGUGAUCGGAUCGAGCUCAUUGUCUAAAGAUCUCAACGAGUUUAACAUUGACGAAUUCUUCAAAUCGAUAAUGCCCGACUCAUAUUCGCCGAAUCCUCCACAACCUGUGCCUCCGGUGUCGAACGACUACAGCUUGCCGUCAAUGUAUGGCGACGGUCCACAUCCACGUUUCACAUCACCACAACAGCAAAUGUCAUACCGACAGCCAGCACCUCAAACCGGCUACCGACAAUCGAUGCCACCAAAUAAUCCGUACAAUUCGUCAGGACCAGCUAGACCACCACCAAAUAGUCAUUACGGUGUUCCACCAAAUCAAAAUUUCAAUCCAUCGUUCAAUUCGACCAUGAGCAACUAUUCGCAUCCGCCACGGCCGCGAUAUCCACUGAAUCCGAGCAAUUUCAACAAUCACAUGCCAUUGGCACCACCUCCCGUACCGCCAGCAUUCGACGGAAAUUUGAGUGACGAAUAUAAUCCGGAAAAUUGGGAUCUGGACAUGAGCUGGAACAAUUCGCAAGCGGACAAUUUCAAUCAAACUAUCGAAACACCAGUGUCACCGCCGCACUUCGAACGUGAAGGUCGAUCUGACUCCGUUGUCGAGUAUAUCGAACAUGGUCACGAUUCGGAAUCGGUGAAUUCUACUAGUGAUGUGGAUCACAGACAGUUGAGACUACCGAAUGUACCAGCCAGUUCGAUAAAACCGGACAAAAUUCGAUCAGUAGAUGUGGAUCAUCGAAAUCUGAUAUCUCUGACAGGCUCACCGCCGAUACGAAAAAGCGAUGGUGCAACCCUGCCAACGAAUUCGUGGAAGGGUGACAUGGAUUUUCGAAAGAUUAUGGAAAUCACUGAGAGCUUAACAAAAGACGGUUUCCCAUCGAUGGAUUCCGAUUACCGCAUCAAUCCCAACAGUUGUCCUGAUGGGUCAGUAAACAAAUCGACCGGAAAUGACGGUAACAAUUCGAAUAAACCGAUACCCGAAUUUACGAGUCCUCCGCCAACAUCACUUCCUCCACCACGUUCAACACCAACUAAAGGUAACACAAGAGGCGGUCAUUUUCGUAAAAGUCAGAACGGCAACGACAAUGUUGAAAGCAUCGACAUGGAAAUGUCUGACGAAGACUUUGAGGACUUUCCUGAUUUUGCAGAUCCGUUCGAAGACGACGAUUCUGACAAAAAAGCUGACGAAAAUUCUAAUAAUGCUCGCGAGAUGAAUGCCACGCCAAACGACAACUCAACUGACCAGAAAUGUGAACAGCCAUCCAGUCAACAAAACAAUGAUGAUUCAAGUCACAGUCAGAAUUCGAACGAUCCCAAUGCGUCCCUACAAUUCCGACCGCUCAACAUGUUCAAUUCGCCUCCACCAGGUUUCAUACGUCCUCCGCCCGGACCACCGCCAUUGUUGAGUCCAAACUUCUUUCCGCCGCCAAACAGAUUCUGGAAUAAUGCACCGCCCGGUAUGAACAUGAAUCAAAACAAAGCGAUGCAACCACCGUCAAAUCGAUGGAGUUCGCCGUCCAAUUUUGAUAGGCAGCGUUUCAAUCGGCCACCGCCUGAUUUUGCAAUGGAAUCUCGAACGAACAGGCGAGUCAAUGAUGAUGAGGACAGAGAAGGCAACAGUCGUGACGAUGAACCAACGGACGGUGACAACAUCGGUGAAGAUAUGCAAAAUUUGGAAGAUUCACCUGUGAACGACGAUAGUGAUGGGGCAACGCAGCCCGAUCAAUCAUCAUCCAAUCAAAAUAACUCAGCAACGAAACGCCAGAAUCCAUUCAGUCGAAAUCCAUCGAAUGACAACGGUGACUUUACGGUAAAUAAUACAAACAAACCGAACCUGAUCGGUAGACCUGACGAUUUGGAACAACAGCCACGAUUCAAUGCGUUCAAUCGACAGGCCUCUGAUGGUCCACCAGCGAACAAUUCGCCGUUCAUUCGAAACAACAACCAACCAUUCAACAACCAAAACUUCAGCAAUCAAAUGGGCCAAUUCAAUCAGUCACCGACCGGUCCUCAACCACUAUUUGCACCACAAAAUAUGAAUUUCAAUUCACCGAUGCGAGGUAGAGGAGGUGCUGGUCAUAUGCGUAACGAUUCGCCAUAUUUUCGGCCAAGAGGUCGUGGCGGUCCACCAGGUAUGCUAAUGAAUCGUGGCAAUUUCCGGCCGAAUUUUCGAGGGAAUAAUAAUCGCGGGAGUUGGUAAAGGAAAUGACAUUUAAAAAAAAUUGAUCGAGCGAAAUAGAAAGAAAGGGAAAAAAUUUGAAUCUUUCGUUUAGUCGACUUGUAUGCACAGCAUGUGUAAUGGAAAUGUGAAACAGAAAAAAAAAAUAGAAAGUUUUAUGUCCUUUAACAAAUCCUUAGCAGACUGAAAGACUUGUUUUGUUUUUGAAAAAUCGUAAAGACUGUAUGUCGCUGUCACAUCAGAUUCUUUUUUCGACUAAGGUCUCAAUGAAAAGUUUUAAGUAAAUUUGGUUCGGGAGCGGAAACGUUUUCUUUUUGGAAAUUUGAGAAUUUUUUGUGUGUUUAGGUUUGGGACUUGGUACGUUCAAAAGACUUCAUUUUUUUUGACAUUUAUUGUAACGAGGAAAAAAAUUCUUUACAUAAAAGUCUCAAAGUCUGCCGAAACAACUGUAUCAUAGCUAUCCUUUUCUGGAAAUUGUUUAAAAUUAUUUUUCUUUUGCAUUAAAUUUAUUGAGAAAAAAAAGAGAAUUAAAAUAAAAAAGCAGAAGAAGGAAGAAGAACACUGUUUAAUGUAAAUCACUUUAAUGGAAAAAUGAAAACUGCAUCUAUGGAA